AUGGGUUUUGGUGAUUUAUCCGGUAAAUUACUAUCCCAAAGCCCAGCCCGUAACUACGGCAAACCGGAUACUUAUUUCGGACAAGUGAAGCAGAACAAACUCGAAUCUUGGAUUGUGCGCCGCGAAAAGCCGAAGCCAGGACUGUGGUCAUCUUUGAAGGAAUGCUUUUACGGUAUUACGGCUAGAAUUCCAUUUGAAAGUGCGAUUUCUGUUAGUGAUCCUCAGAGUAUCGAAAGAGAUUCCCGGAUUGUCAAUGGACAUCCCGCUCCAGCUGGACGAUUUCCGUAUCAAGUUUGGAUUCGCGUCCAAGGACGACGUGCUGAUAGAGUAUGUGGAGGAUCCUUGAUUACCUAUGAUUGGGUAUUGACGGCUGCCCAUUGCGUUAUUGAAGCAGCUCGAUUCUAUUUAUUCAUGGGAACCAUCAAUCGCAAUGAGCCGGAGUUUCUCGGGCAAUCCACUCAAUAUAUCGCACAUCCAUAUUACAACAACGAUAAUCUGAACAAUGACGUUGGAUUGAUAUUGCUUGAGACGCCGGCCCCAAAAAGCUCUCCUAACAUCAAACCGAUUGCUCUGCCUAUUCCUGGCCGUUUUGGAGAAACCUUCGAAAGUAAGCGAGCAACCAUUUCCGGUUUCGGAACUACCGUAGACAGUAACCUGAAUGAGCCAUCGCAAGAGUUGAACUGGAUCGAUGUUACAGUCAUCUCGAACGAAGAAUGUUAUACCGUUUAUGGGCCGUAUCUGGUGCUCGAUUCAACGAUAUGUGCCAGUGGGGCAGAUGAUCUUAGCCAGGGUCCGUGUUUUGGAGACUCCGGAGGCCCGUUGACCAUUCAGGAAAACGGAACCAGUUUGCAAAUAGGGGUGGCUUCGUUCGUUUCCGCAAGUGGAUGUUCAUCGGGUAUGCCGGCAGGAUACGCCCGAAUCAGCUUUUACGUUGAAUGGAUCAAUGAAAUAACAUCAUCGGGUCGAAAACUUGAGACAACGAUUCUAUCCGUUUUGGGACUCUUGAUAGUUUAUGUUCACUCCCGAAACAGAAGUUAA